AUGUCCGACGACCUACGUGCCACCACUAUCAGUGUCAACUUGACUCUGAUCGUGUUGACUUCCCUUGCUAUCAGCUGUCGCAUCGGAAGGAAACUGCGGAUACUGAGCAGUUUUGGCUGGCAUGAUGCACUUGCUACCUUUGCGGCCUCUUGUGCCAUCGUCCUGUCCAUCGUCCAAAUGUACUCGACGCGCCUCGGAGCUGGUCUGCAUGAAAAAGAGAUCGACCCAAAUAACAUGGAGAUGCUGAUGAAGUUGGUCAUGACAGCCCUUAUCUUUUACUUCCUUGUAAACUGGGCCGUCAAGCACUCGCUACUGUUCUUCUACGCAGAGCUCACCUUUGAACCAUGGGCCCGUCGAUGGAUCUACGCCAUGCAUGUCAUUGCCUUCUCUUUCGGUCUCACUUGCGUCGUUACCAGCAUCUUCAUGUGCAUCCCUGUAGCAAAGUGGUGGGACCCGACCAUCGAGGGCUACUGCAUCAACCUCUUCAACUUCUCCUACUUCAACAGCGUUUUCAUGUUAGUUUGCGACCUGGUCCUGUACAUCAUGCCCGUCAUCUUCACCUGGAACAUCAAGCUGAGACGACACCACCGCAUCGCCGUUAACAUCCUCUUCGCUAUGGGCGGUCUCGUGCUAGGCGCAUCUGCAGCACGCAUUUUCUUUGUCGACCAGCUCGCCACACACGGUGACUUCCCAUUCCGCUACGCCGCAUCCAUGAUCUGCGCCGUCAUCGAAAACCACCUCGCCGUCAUCGUCGCAUGCGCGCCCUCCAUCAAAGCCGUCCUCAUCCGCUACUACCCCUCCCUGCAAUCCAAGUUCGAACGCAUCAUCUCCGACGAAGGAAGCUCUGGGAAGCGCAGUGGCAAAUCGUAUAGGACGGGGAGCUCCUCCGACCGCGCUACGCUUGAUCCCGAGGCUGGAACUGCCAACAGCGGCGACGAUGUCAAGCUGCAGAUUGUCAAGACGCAGGAUGUCAAGGUUGAGAGGCCUGAGGUGGGAAGUCGGAUGAUUACAGGAAGCAGUGGGAAGAGCGAGAAUAGUCUGCUGGGGAGGUGGUGGCGGGCGCCUAAUAACUGGAAUGUUAGCGUUGAGAGUGGUGGGAAGUGA